ACUCCCUAAUGAAUUCAGCUGCCAGAGCAGAAAACUUCAAAAGCACAGGAGACUGGCGUACGAGCUGCCAGCGCCAAUCUAAAUAGGAUUUUGCACAUUCAUAAUGAAGUUUAAAACAGCGUGCUCCUAUUUCCUGAACCUUUUUACUGGAGUGGUCUAUUUUGCUUUUCCUCAGGUAACAUUACAUCCAGUGUAUAUAUAUAUAUGCAUAUGUGUCAAUUAUAUUGAGCAGCCAAUCGAUCUGUGGUAUAUUUGGGUCUUCCUGAUUCUGCUUCUGAUUGUGUUGGUCCGUUGUUUGGUGGACUGUUGCCUCCAGUGUUGGAUGAAGAGAAGAAGAAGACCCUCCAGGAAAAUGGUCACUGUUGUCACAUUGAGCAGCUUGGAUUCCUUACUGGGAAAAGAAACUUCAGAGCAUUCUAAUUUUCAGACAUGGACUUCAAAUGAAACUUCAGGGGCCCCAUUUUGUGCUGUUAAUCUUGGGGGACUAGAGUCUGGAGCUCCUCCUUCCUAUGAAGAACUGUUUUCUACAAACAAAGCGCAGCUGGCAUUGUGA